GCAAUCAGAACAAUGACUUCUCCGCUGGCGCCUGAGGAGCAGCGGCUCUAACGCUAGUCCAGGGAGAUUUGCUGGCAGCCGCCGCCGCCGCCUGCUGCUGCCGCGGCCGCUCUGAGCCGGAGGGAAGGCGCAGCUACUACCGUCGUUGUUUGGAAAAGCGGGACCAAGAACCGCGCACUCUUUAGCAUGUGGAUUCCUACGGAGCACGAGAAAUACGGAGUGGUAAUUGCAAGUUUUCGAGGAGCGGUCCCACAUGGCUUAUCACUGGAGAUUGGAGACACUGUUCAAAUACUAGAGAAAUGUGAUGGCUGGUAUAGAGGAUUUGCCUUAAAAAACCCAAAUCUAAAGGGUAUCUUCCCGUCCAACUAUGUUCACUUGAAAAAUGCAUGUGUUAAGAACAAGGGGCAAUUUGAAAUGGUUGUUCCAACAGAAGAUUCUGUUAUCACAGAGAUGACAUCAACCUUAAGAGACUGGGGGACAAUGUGGAAACAACUUUAUGUGAGAAAUGAAGGGGACCUUUUUCAUCGAUUAUGGCAUAUAAUGAAUGAAAUCCUAGACCUCCGACGGCAGGUAUUAGUUGGCCAUCUCACCCAUGAUAGGAUGAAGGAUGUCAAACAGCACAUCACAGCUCGCUUGGACUGGGGCAAUGAGCAACUGGGACUAGACUUGGUUCCAAGGAAGGAAUAUGCUAUGGUGGAUUCAGAGGAAAUCAGUAUUACAGAGCUGUAUAGAUUGAUGGAACACCGUCAUCACAAGAAAGACACACCAGUCCCAGCAAGCAGCCACCAUCUCUUCAUUCAGAUGAAGAGUCUGAUGUGUUCCAAUCUGGGAGAAGAAUUGGAAGUAAUCUUUUCACUUUUUGAUAGUAAAGAGAACCGACCAAUCAGUGAGAGAUUCUUCUUAAAACUGAAUCGGAACGGCUUGCCAAAAUGUCCAGAAAAGCCAGAAAGACAUUGUUCCCUCUUUGUGGAUUUGGGAAGCAGUGAGCUCAGGAAGGACAUCUAUAUCACUGUGCAUGUUAUACGCAUUGGCCGAAUGGGAGCUGGUGAAAAGAAAAAUGCUUGCAACAUACAGUACCGGCGACCUUUUGGUUGUGCAGUCCUCAGCAUAGCAGAUCUAAUGGCAGGCGACACAAAAGAUGACCUUAUUCUUAAAGUAUACAUGUGUAACACUGAGAGUGACUGGUAUCAGAUCCAUGAAAACAUCAUCAAAAAGCUGAAUGCUCGUUAUAACCUAACGGGAUCCAAUGCUGGCCUAGCUGUUUCUCUGCAGCUGCUGCAUGGAGACAUUGAACAAAUCAGGAGGGACUACACAUCCAUGUUUACUCAUGGACUAUCGAUAACAAGGAAGCUGGGCUUUUCUAAUAUUAUCAUGCCAGGUGAAAUGAGAAAUGAUUUGUAUAUCACAAUAGAAAGGGGAGAAUUUGAAAAAGGAGGAAAAAGUGUGGCCAGGAAUGUGGAAGUGACAAUGUACAUUGUGGACUCUGGUGGCCAAAUUUUAAAGGAUUUUAUUUCCUUUGGCUCCGGAGAGCUACCAUCCACUGAAUUCCACUCCUUUGUGCUGUAUCACAACAACAGUCCCAGGUGGGCUGAGCUGCUGAAACUUCCCAUUCCUGUGGAUAAAUUCAGGGGAGCACACCUUCGCUUUGAAUUCCGACACUGUUCCACAAAAGAAAAAGGGGAGAAGAAGUUGUUUGGUUUUUCUUUCGUCCCUCUGAUGCAGGAAAAUGGAAGGACGCUGCCAGAUGGCACUCAUGAGCUCAUUGUGCACAAGUGCGAAGAAAAUACAAGUUUUCAGGAUUGUAGUCGCUACCUCAAAUUCCCCUUUUCAAAGGGGCAUCUCCUUGCAAACAACCACCAAGCAUUAAAAACCACCAAGGAAUCGUUCUGGAUCACAUCUUUCCUGUGCUCAACUAAACUGACACAAAAUGGGGACAUGCUUGACCUUCUUAAGUGGCGAGCCCAUCCAGAAAAAAUUGCAAGUUGCCUUUCAAAAUUGAAAGAAAUUGAUGGCUCUGAAAUAGUAAAGUUUCUCCAAGAUACACUGGACACUUUAUUUGGCAUUUUAGAUGAAAACUCUCAAAAGUAUGGAUCUCAAGUAUUUGAUUGUUUGGUUCACAUAAUUAACUUGCUGCAGGACAGCAAAUUUCAGCAUUUUAAGCCAGUUAUGGACACCUACAUUGAGAGUCAUUUUGCGGGAGCACUUGCAUACAGAGACCUCAUAAAGGUUUUCAAGUGGCAUGUUGAUCGAAUAAUGGAAGUGGAAAGGCAAGCACAUAACCAGGAAGUGCUAAAGGCGCAAGAAUAUAUAUUUAAGUAUAUAGUCCAGUCUCGGAAGUUGUUCUCCCUGGCUACUGGCGGACAAAAUGAGGAGGAAUUCUGCUGCUGUAUUCAAGAGCUUCUGAUGUCAGUGCGAUUCUUUCUUUCACAAGAAACCAAAGGGGCUAGUGCUUUAUCUCAAGCUCAAGCAAUCUUUCUCAACUCAUUCCCAGCUAUAUACUCAGAGCUGCUGAAACUAUUCGAUGUGAGAGAGGUGGCAAAUUUGGUGCGUGAUACUCUAGGCAGUUUGCCAACCAUCACAAAUGCAGAUGAAUCCCUUCAAGCUGUGAAACUCCAGUGCAUCGGAAAAACAGUGGAGAGCCACCUAUACACCAACCCAGAAUCCCGCUAUAUUCUGCUUCCUGUAGUUCUGCAUCACCUCUAUGUGCAUCUGCAAGAACAAAAAGAUUUGAUCACAUGUGCGCGCAUCCUUAGCAACAUAUUUUGCCUCAUCAAGAAAAAUAGCUCUGAGAAGUCAGUUUUGGAAGAAAUAGAUAUAAUUGUGAACAGUCUGCUGGAUGUGCUUCUCCGAACCAUCUUGGAGAUCACAAGCCGCCCUCAGCCGGCAGAAUCUGCAACGAAGCUUCAGUUUCAGGAUGUUACUGGAGAAUUUGUUUCAUGCCUGUUAUCAUUAUUACGACAAAUGACAGACAGACAUUACCAGCAACUACUCAACAGAUUCAAGACAAGAGAUGAACUGAGAGAUUUUUUGUUGCAGAUUUUUACUGUAUUUCGAAUACUGAUACGGCCAGAAAUGUUUCCAAAGGAUUGGACAGUGAUGCGUUUAGUUGCUAAUAAUGUUAUUAUUACAACAGUGUUAUACCUUUCGGAUGCCCUUCGUAAAAACUUCUUAAAUGAAAGCUUUGAUUACAAGAUUUGGGAUUCCUACUUCUACCUAGCUGUCAUUUUUAUCAACCAGUUGUGUCUUCAAUUAGAAAUGUUCACACCUUCGAAGAAGAAAAAGGUAUUGGAAAAAUAUGGUGAUAUGCGGGUGACAAUGGGAUGUGAGAUCUUCAGCAUGUGGCAAAAUUUAGGGGAACACAAAGUCCACUUCAUCCCAGCACUGAUUGGCCCUUUCUUGGAAGUGACGCUGAUACCUCAGCCUGACUUACGGAAUGUAAUGAUUCCUAUUUUCCAUGACAUGAUGGACUGGGAGCAAAGGCGCAGUGGCAACUUUAAACAGGUGGAAGCAAAACUGAUUGACAAAUUGGAUAGCUUGAUGUCAGAAGGAAAAGGUGAUGAAACAUACCGAGAACUCUUCAAUAGUAUCCUGCUGAAGAAAAUUGAACGUGAAACAUGGAGAGAAAGUGGCGUUUCAAUAAUUGCCACUGUAACCCGUCUUAUGGAGAGACUGCUGGACUACAGGGACUGCAUGAAAAUGGGAGAAGUAGAUGGAAAAAAGAUUGGCUGUACUGUCAGCUUGUUGAAUUUUUAUAAGACAGAGUUAAACAAGGAGGAGAUGUAUAUUAGGUACAUACAUAAGCUGUAUGAUCUGCACCUGAAAGCACAAAACUUUACAGAGGCUGCCUAUACAUUGUUGCUAUAUGAUGAGCUGCUGGAGUGGUCGGACCGGCCACUGCGAGAAUUUCUGAACUAUCCUAUGCAGACAGAAUGGCAGCGCAAAGAACAUCUUCAUCUCACUAUCAUCCAGAAUUUUGACAGGGGAAAAUGCUGGGAGAAUGGCAUUAUCCUAUGCAGAAAGAUCGCUGAGCAAUAUGAAAGCUAUUAUGACUACAGAAACCUCAGCAAGAUGCGGGUGAUGGAAGCCUCCUUGUAUGAUAAAAUUAUGGAUCAGCAGCGUCUGGAGCCUGAGUUUUUCCGAGUUGGAUUUUAUGGAAAGAAAUUUCCUUUUUUCUUACGAAACAAAGAAUUUGUUUGCCGAGGGCAUGACUAUGAGCGCCUGGAGGCUUUUCAGCAGCGGAUGUUAAAUGAGUUCCCACAUGCGAUUGCUAUGCAACAUGCCAAUCAGCCAGAUGAAACCAUCUUUCAAGCCGAGGCACAGUAUCUACAAAUCUAUGCAGUGACUCCAAUUCCUGAAGGCCAGGAGGUGCUGCAGAGAGAAGGCAUUCCAGAUAAUAUUAAAAGUUUCUAUAAAGUAAAUCAUAUCUGGCGAUUCCGAUACGACCGGCCAUUCCACAAAGGGACCAAAGACAAAGACAACGAAUUCAAGAGUUUGUGGGUAGAGAGGACUACACUGAUCCUGGUGCAGAGUUUGCCUGGAAUUUCUCGUUGGUUUGAAGUGGAAAAACGGGAAGUAGUGGAAAUGAGCCCACUGGAGAAUGCUAUUGAAGUACUGGAAAACAAAAACCAGCAGCUGAGGACCUUGAUCAGUCAAUGUCAGACUCGACAGAUGCAGAAUAUCAAUCCCCUCACAAUGUGUUUGAAUGGAGUCAUUGAUGCAGCAGUCAAUGGUGGUGUUUCCAGGUACCAAGAGGCAUUCUUCGUGAAGGAAUAUGUUCUGAACCACCCAGAGGAUGGAGACAAGAUCACAUGCUUGAGAGAACUGAUGCUUGAGCAGGCCCAGAUUCUGGAAUUUGGCUUAGCUGUGCAUGAGAAGUUUGUCCCUCAAGAUAUGAGACCUUUACAUAAAAAGCUAGUGGAUCAGUUCUUUGUGAUGAAAUCAAGUUUGGGAAUACAGGAAUAUGCUGCAUGCAUCCAAGCCAGUCCAGUUCACUUUCCAAAUGGAAGUCCCCGUGUCUCUAGAAAUUCGAUGCCUGUUUCUAUGAGUCCAGAUGGCGCCAGAGUAAUUCCUAGGCGAAGUCCAUUAAGUUAUCCAGCUGUCAACAGAUACUCUUCCUCGUCAUUGUCCUCUCAGGCUUCAGCAGAGGUCAGCAAUAUAACUGGACAGUCUGAAAGUUCUGAUGAAGUGUUCAAUAUGCAGCCAAGUCCAUCUACCUCAAGCCUGAGUUCUACUCAUUCCGCUUCACCUAAUGUGACCAGCUCUGCUCCAUCCAGUGCCAGAGGGUCACCUCUCUUGUCUGACAAGCUUAAACAUUCCAGAGAAAAUUCUUGCCUAUCUCCAAGGGAGAGGCCCUGUAGUGCCAUUUACCCUAAUCCUGCUGAGCCUUCACAGCCUGCAAACUCUUGCUUUGCCAAGUGGAAUGAGGCCUCCAUUCCGCGCUGCAUCAGAGAUUCACCAAGGGAGCAUGAGGAGCACGUAGGCCCAGUAUCUGCUCUCCCAGAGGCUUACCUGACAGGAAAAUCUCCUAAUCUGUCAACAACCUCAGUAGGCCCUGACAGGAGAAUUAUGUUCAAUCAUAUUGGAGAUACCGCCUUGCCUCGAAGUGAUCCUAAUUUGUCUGGUCCUGAGAAAGCUGUAAACAGCACUCCCAGCAGCUGGAGCUUGGAUAGUGGGAAAGAAGCCAGGAAUAUGUCUGAGAGUGGAAAGCUUAUGUCUCCUCCUGUGCCGCCACGCCCCACACAAACCGGUAUGUGUGUACAUCGCAAGCAGCCUUUUCUAUCUCCAGUGGUCACUUGUGUGGAGGGUUCUGCGUGCCACAGCAUGAAUGCAGCUCAGGUUUGGCUUCUCAGCAGAAAGCUAGGCCAAGAAUGGAUUGAGCCCAGUCCACAAGCAUCGCCAGCUCGACAUGUGACCUCAGUUUCCCCUUCUCCUGCUGGAAGAUCUCCAAUGAAGGGUUCAGUGCAAUCGUUCACACCGUCACCUGUUGACUACCAUUCCUCAGGGCUCAUUUCCAAUUCCCCAGUCUUGUCAGGAAGUUACAGCAGUGGGAUCUCCUCACUCAGUCGAUGUAGCACAUCUGAAACAUCCGGCUUCGAAACCCAAGUCCAUGAACACCCGGUAUCUAUUUCUAACUGCAAUGUUUCUGAGGAGCCAGUGAGAAAAGAAAGUAAGACUCCCCCACCUUACAGUGUUUAUGAACGGACAUUGAGGCGUCCUGUCCCACUUUCCAUUCCCAUUCCUACGGAUCCACCAGCGCUGCCACCCAAACCUCUCUUGGUCCGACCAAACAAUCUGGAAAGUAGCAGCAAGAGAACUGAACAUGUCCCUCGGCCCAGACCUCUUCCAAGAAAAGUGUCUCAGUUAUAAGAAAAGAAAAAGAGAAGUCAUUGUUGGUAAUGACUUAAGUGGAAAAAUACACAUCUAAUAUAGGCACUUUAAUAUUUUUCACAACUAUUAUUUCCAGUAACUUUUUAAAAUUGCUUAAUAUUAUGUUGCACAUUUUUGUGAAAUGAAAGUACUAACCUAGAAUGCCAGACAUUACAGUAAACCAGACUGAAAGAACUGCAAUAGCAUUAGGGUACAAUAAAUAUGGAUUCAUUCCAACUUGAAUCAGAAGCUCAGUUUUUGAACAUACUUUAAUCAAAACUAUAUUUCCCCUUCACAACUUCAUAUUAAUAUGAUACUGUACUUUUUUGAGCAUGCGGAAUAAUAUGGUUUAAACAAAGGAUAUAGAACAAAGGUUCCUGUAACUGUCUAAAUUUUUGCAAAUGGUUUGAAACUGUUUCUUUACCAUGUUUGAACCUAUUAAUUCUUGUACAUGAACAAAAAGAAUAAUAAUUCAAGUGAUGAUAUUGCCUUGGGAAAUUAUAAUGGUGUUGUAGUUGAGUUCAUGAAGCAAAAUACUUGUUUGGGUUGCUUUCUUUCUACUGACACAUGGAUCCAUUUUAUUAAAUGUACCUAUGUAUUUUUUUCAGAUAUAUGAGAUUUUGUUUAAGGACAAAAUGUUCAGCACUUUGGUACAUAACUCACAUAAUUUUCAGACAAUUUAUUUUAUUUGGGUUGUAAUUUACUUCACAAUUCCAUGCAGAACAGAAAGAACAUUGUAUUUUCCACAGAAAGUUGGUUGACACUAACAAUUCACUUUUUGAAAAUCCUUGGUUUGACAGAAAUAAAUUAACCCAUGAGUUGUUCUUGCGGCUCCAAUGUGUCCUAUUAACAGGGAUCCAGCAGCCAUUAUCAGUGCAGUAAACAGCAUAAAAGUAAGUAACUGAGUGCAAUCAUUCACGAGGAAUAACAGCAGAAGGCACUGAGUAUAGCAUUUGGCUCAAACAGCAGAAGAUCCCAUCUUGCCUAGUGAAUUGUUUUUGUUACCUAAUCAACCAUCUUGCCCAUUUUGAGACUCUGUUGUGAAUAUGCUGCUGCACUGCAGAAAUCUUAGGAGAUGUCUAGGAAAAGGCAGGUCCCUUUUCCUGCAGGGUCCUCACUACCUGCUGUGUGGUCUUGAUUGCUCACAUUCUUCUUAGCAGGGCAGUUUCCCUUCCAACCAUUUGCACUCUGGCAGAGAGAAGGAGUAGCAUGGCACAUGAAGGGCUUUAAUAGACAAAUUCAUGGGCUCUCAAGUUUUCCCCACUUCUUCAUCUGUGUAGUUUAAAGAAAGAAGCAGCAAAUAACUCCUGCCUCUGCCAUUUACAAUUGUUACAAUAGCUCUAUUCAAGUGCAUAUUACCAAUUACCUUUAGACAUCAUGGACUGACAAGAAAGGAACAGCACAGGGUGAAGGAGUUCUGCAUGGCAUGUUCUAAACUCUCAAAGCAAGAGAGCUUGAGAUAGGAACUCUGUACAUAUCAGGGUACAGAACAUCAGGUUGAACUUCCAGUCUUGCUCUCUGGGGUUCUUCUUCGUGGUCUCUGCACAUCACACACAUGGGCUUUCCACCUGCAUGGAGCAGGAAGAUUCUAUAGCUAAGCAUUAGAUUGGGUAGGAGCCCCUUCCUUCCUGUUCCUGACAUCCAUGGGAAGGGCUUCUGCCCAUUCCAUUUUGACCAUCUCCAUACCUGGAUUGGCUCCUCAAUUUGAGCAUUUUUUCCAGCAUUUAUUACCUUUCUCUCUCUACCACUUUCUACUCCACUUUCUACUCAGCCAUCAUCUCUCCAUGAACUUUGUUUAUACUCUUCACUCAUAAAAUCUCCACUCCCCCCCCCCCAUAUCCUGAUAACAGGUUCCACGCAGGUACAGAGCCCAUACAUGUGGUACACAGAUGACCACUCAAAGCACAACAGUUACAGGUAAGCAACCUGACUUUAUCCAGAGGAACACACCUCCUUCCCCCAGCCCUAUUCCCUUCUACCACAACCAUCAAUGGUUUAGUGAUGUCCCUGCUUUUGUGUAGUUUGUUCUCCAUUCUAAAUGGUUGAAAUGCCUUUCAUAAGGCUUGGUUACUGUCUGCAAGAGUUCUAAGCUAAAUAUGCUGAUGUUUUUGCCCAUCCCUUUUUUCUUCAGCCCCAUGAACAGUGGAAUGUGGGACCCAAGCACUUUUCUAAAAAGGAAUUCAGGGCCAAGCAAAACUUUCUUGCAUUGGAAUUUUGGCAUGGAAAUUGGUCAGAAGGGAGUAUAGGCCAGUGCAGAGAAAACAUUAGUCUGCAGUAAGAGGUAUCACUGUUUGUAGCCCCAAUUUCUGCAGCGUGCUUUGCCAGGAAGUGCCCUUACUCUUGCCAGGUGAUAUUCUAGGUGGCAUUUUGCUAGACAGCUCCUGCAGGGCCACUUGAAAACUUGCUUGCUUUCUGUACCUAACAAACUGAAACGACUUGUAUAGCAAUUUUUCUCUUUUUUUCCCCCAUUUACGUACUCUCUGUAACACCUGUUUGCCAUGCUAAGUAUGAUUUGUCUUUCUCAAUCAUACCGUUAAAAGUUAUCUCCCUGUUUUGUUGGGAAGUUUGUAUGGAUUUAACAGUUCGCCUUGUUGAUAGCUUAACUGGAACAUAGUGACCACUUUUUAUAUUCCCUCCAUGAAACCUUCAGCAGGUAUAUGCUGUUAAUGGUAGCUACAGAGGUUUUCUAUAAUAAAUGUUCAAAUAUUUUUGUACAUAACUGGUAAAUUUUAAUAAGGAGUACAACUAUGUGGAAAAAAGAAGCAAACAGUUGUGUAUGCAGUAAGAUUGUUAUAAUUAUGCCAAAUACUUUAUGUAAGUGGGGGACAUGGGGAAGAAUAUUUGUACAUAUAUGCUUUUAACAAUAAUUCUGCCAUAUUGAUUCUACAACUUUGAAUGUCAGAAAAAUAUUAAUAUAUGUUGAAAUAUCUAUGUUUAGCAGAAGUGUUUAUAACUGGAAAAGGAGCAUAUGAAUUUUAGCUUUGUACCUUGCUGAUUUUGAAGUCCUGAGAUUUCUUGAACUAGCUCUCGCUUUUGAUCAUAACAUUUUCGUGUCUGCAUAACCAGAUUUUCAAAGCUGUUAGCUAUAUAUUUAUGCUGGUUUUUUAAAAGCUAUUGUAAUUUAAAUAAAGUGUCACAAACUGGAUAACAAAUCCACAUUGAUCCCUCCCCACCUUAUACAUAGAGCUGAAUCCAUGUGUUGCCUGGUGCUUUCAGCAUAGUCUGAAUCAGUGUUAUUUGCUCCUCAAGUCAAUUUUUAAAAUAUAUUUGACAGUAAACAACAUUUUUACUCACGUGCACGUAUUACUGAUGUCUGCUUGGCAGCAAAACAUUUUAAUGUAGUUAAAUGUUUACAGAUGGUUAUACUGGUUGCUGAAGAACCGUAAAUACAAAAUAAAAUGGAUUGAUCUUCA